GUAAAAGAAUCAUUCAUUUUCAUUCUAAUUUCUUGUUGUCGGUUUAUGUAUAAUAAAGGCAAUUAUUCUAAAUAGUUUCGGAGAAAAAAAAAAUGUAUUAAUUCAAUGAUUAAAUAUGAGAAAAGGAAUUAUUUUCUUUAGUAUAAUUUUAUUAUUAUACGUGAAUGCACUUGAUGAUGCAAAGUCAACUAAAAAAAAGUCAUGGAAGGACAAGGAUAUAAGAGAUAUGACAGAUGCAGAUUUGGAGCACUUGUUAGAUCAGUGGGAGGAAAAUGAUGAACCAUUAGAACCUGAUGAACUACCAGAACACCUUAGGCCUAGUCCAAAGAUUGAUAUAUCAAAGCUUGAUAUAUCUAAUCCUGAUAACAUAUUGAAAAUGACAAAAAAAGGUAAAGGUAUUAUGAUGUUUGUUGAUACUAAUGAAGAUAUUUCAAUAGAACAAGCCGAUGUAAUAAUGAGGAUCUGGCAAAGUAGUCUUCAAAAUAACCACAUUAUCGCCGAAAGAUAUCCAAUCGAUCCAAAAAGAUCUAUUUUCUUCUUUCGUGAAGGUUCCCAAGCUGUAGAUGCCAAAAAUUUUUUACUGCAACAGCCAGAAUUGUCUCACGUUACUCUUGAGGGACAAACCUAUUACAGAGAUCCACACAAGAAGAAUGCAAAUAUGGUAAAAACUAACAAAGUAAGUAGACCUGUAGAUGAAAAAAAGAAGAAGGUAGAAUUAUAAUUUUCAACUAUAUAAAUUCUUUAAAAAUAUUGCAUAUUUUGUCUGUAUGUUUUUAUAAGCGUGUAUAAAAUAUGUACCUUGAUAAUCAAAUAUACACAAAAUAAUUUUUUAUAUAAGUA